ACUUCAGGAAGUAGCUUAAAGCAGCUAUUACUGUUUAGAUUUUGGCAAAUGUUUCGGGUUUUAAGUGGGGAUAAAAGACAACUCAUACAGUUUUUCCUGUUCAGAAGAAAUAUGUCUACAUUAGUGGAUAAAAGUCGUACGACAGAUGGUGAAAACAAUGCGGACAACCGGUCGGUUCAUUCAGAUACCAUCGAGGAGGUCCAUAAUGUUCCUCUUCAGGUCAUCAUCAGACCGUUUCCUCCGGAGCUGGACGAGCAGAAGGUCCAGAGUCUGAUGGACACCAUUAAGGAGACGGCAGACAUCAGCGUUGUUCCUCCCAUUGAUGUUCUCUGGAUCAAAGGAAGAGAGGGAGGAAAUUACUACUACUCCUUUGGAGGUUGUCACAGGUUUGCUGCCUAUCAGAGGCUCAACAUGCCAACCAUCCCAGCUAAACUUAUUAGAUCAAACAUCUCAGACCUCAGGACUUACUUGGGGGCUUCAACGCCUGAUCUUCGAUAAUACUCUGGACUUUUUUCUCGCUUUUUCUCGCUACACCAGCAAUGUCCAACUCAAGUCCUUUGUUGUCGCUGUCAUACAAGUUUUAACACUGUUGAUUCCUAUUGCAAAAUCCUUUUUUCAGCAUUCCUGCAGAUUCUUAGUAACAAACCUCUUG